GUCGUCCCCAAUCUGCGCGCGUCUCCCCUCCGCGCCCGCCCGCCCGCCCGCGCGCGCGCGCGCGAGCGAAGUGAAGAAGCGCGCGCGCGACGGCGCGCGUUUUCUCGGAGAAGGCGAAACGAUUUCCUUUUUGUCGUCGCGGAUGAUGAGAUCCUCCCCGCGUCGUCGUCCGUCCCCGCAGCGCAGAUGGAGGCGGCGGCGAUUUUCGGACCGGCGUUCCCGCAGCCGGUGGGUGGUGUUGCCGCCCGGGUUCCACCCGUGGAUCGGCGAUGCUGAUGACGACGAUGAUGAACAGCGUAUUCACUGCAGAGUCGUUAAAUGCACGUGCGGCCUCAUCUACGACCAAGAUUCGCCUGGCUGCAGGUGCGUCCCGCGGUGCUGUCCGCGUCCGGUCCCCGUCCUCGAGUACUUCACCGAAGCCGUGAAGACGGCUGUCGGUGAGAAAUUCUUCAAGAAACAGAAGUUCAAAGAGAAGAUGCGUUGCGGGCCGAAUGGCGGCGCGUUGUGCGAUUGCCCGCUCUUCUCCGUGGAAGAGAUUCAGAGGUGGAACGACGACUUUUACGCGAGACGCGACGGGGUGAAUCAGUUCUGGAAACUGAUCGUGUACGUGAGGCACGCCGCCGCUCUGUGCGAGCGCCUGUGGCGGGAGGUGCAGGACCGGCGCGGGGCUGGCGCCGCGGUGGACGACGACGACGCGGGCACGCUCCGUCUCCUCGCGUUGGGGCGCUCGAGAAUCCGGGGCGCUGACGCUCGGCUCCAUCGCGUAGCUGAGUACCGUGCGGGGGUCCAGGUCGAUGACGACGACAAGAAGACGAGACCCGCGCUCGAGAAGAAUCUCAGGGAAGAGAAAGUGAAGCUGGCAGCCGUCCGCGUUCACUUCGAAGACCCGCCCGGCGGCGCGGCGGCGGCGUAAUUUUCUUUUUAACGGAAGUACACAACAACGACG